AUGUUCGAAAAGUCGCUCACCGAUUUAAUUCAGGGACUACGAGCCAACAAGCGGAAUGAGGGCGAGUACAUCCAAACCUCACUCGCUGAAAUUCAAAAUGAGGUGCAGCUGAGCGACAUGCACUACAAGAGCGCGGCCAUAGACAAGCUCAACUAUCUGCAUAUGCUGGGGUACGAUAUGAACUGGGCAAAUUUCAACGUGGUUGAGGUUAUGGCCUCUUCGCGCUUCAGCGAGAAACGCACCGGAUACUUAGCAGCAGCACAAUCGUUCCACCAAGAGACAGACGUUCUCAUGCUGACAACCAACUUGAUUCGCAAGGACUUGGCGUCGUCAAACGUAAUGGAGGUCAGUAUUGCUCUGGAUGGCCUGGCGCAAAUCGUUACACCCGAGCUGGCCAUGGAUCUUUUCGACGACGUAAUGGCGAUUGUGAACCACUCGCGACCAUACAUCCGCAAGAAGGCGCUUGUAUGUCUGUACAAGCUAGUCCUGAAACAUCCCGAAGGACUGCACGAUUUUGUUCCGAGGCUGAAAGAAACGCUGGAUGAUCCUGAUCCGUCAGUCAUGUCCUCGGCGGUCAGCGUUAUUUGCGAGCUGGCGCGCACCAACCCGCGCAAUUAUCUACCGCUGGCGCCGAAACUGUACCAGCUGCUCAACUCCUCGACCAAUAACUGGAUGCUGAUCAAGAUUGUCAAACUGUUCUCUUCCCUGACACCCAUCGAGCCGAGAUUGGCCAAAAAGCUCCACGGACCGCUGUCACAGCUGGUGGGCACGACUUCAGCCAUGUCUCUUCUCUACGAGUGCAUUCACACAGCGGUUGUCGGGGAUAUCAUUGGAGUCCCAGUGCCAGUGAUUGAUAGCGCGGGGCGCGAGAUCGAUUUUGCCGAACUGUGCGCGCGCAAACUCGAGCUGUUUUUCGAAUCCAAGGACCACAACUUACGCUAUGUUGGACUAGUCACUUUGGCACACCUGCAGGUCAAGCGGCCUGAUCUGGUGUGCCAGCACUACGAUACCGUGCUCAACUGUCUAGACGACCCUGACCUUAGCAUCAGAAUGCGAGCGAUCGAAGUCAUAUCAGGAAUGACCACGCGCAAGACACUGCCAAAGACUGUCAAGCGGCUCAUGUCUCAGCUCAUUCUGUCAGAAACAAUAUCCUUGAUGCCCGAAAAUACGUACAGGAUGGAGGCUAUCAAAGCCAUACUCGACAUGUGCAGUCGCCAGUCUUACGCCAACAUGACCAACUUUGAGUGGUACGUUGCUACGCUUGUCGACCUCGUAUACGUUUCCGGCGUGGAUGUCGGGCAGAUGAUUGGCGAGAAGCUGCUGGAUGUCACAGUUCGUGUUCGGCAAGUUCGCGAAUUUAGCGUCAAGAUGGUGCGACGCCUGCUGUCGGACCAUCAACUUGUGGACUAUGUCUCAGCAGAAUCCUCGAAUUCUAAGGUGUUGUGCACUGCAGCCUACAUCCUUGGUGAGUAUUGCACUCUGUUGCCCGCGAGCUCGGAUGACGUCGAGCUGCUGCUUCCCUCCAGCCUUGGCAGGCUGGGCGGUGAGCAGCAGGCGACAUUUAUUCAGGCAGCGAUGAAGGCGUAUACGAACUGGCUG